AGGACUGACGCGCUUCCCCGGCGAGUCUUUUUCUUUUGUCCUCUUCCUCUUCCUUGAUAAAUUCUUCUUUUCUACAAAUUGCAUUCACAGAUUCACUAAAUCGCUUUCUGGUACAUUCUACAUGGAUAUAUACGUAUCAGCAUACAUAUAAGAAUCGUACAACUCGGUCUUCGAUAACUCCGGUAUUCAACGGGGGGCCUUUUGUUAAACUAACAUUUGUAGGAGUUCUAUCUUUCGUUCUGUUUAGUGCUGCUUUCUAUUUAAUAAUUUGAAUAGUGCUGGACGAUGGAGAGUUUAUUUGGUAAAAUUCGGAAUCUCGACGCUUACCCUAAGAUCAAUGAGGAUUUCUACAGCAGAACCCUCUCUGGAGGUCUCAUAACUAUCGCUUCCUCCAUCUUCAUGCUCCUUCUCUUCAUAUCCGAGCUCAGACUAUAUCUUCAUGCUGUAACUGAGACAAAGUUAGUGGUAGACACAUCAAGAGGAGAAAGACUCCGCAUCAAUUUUGAUGUGACUUUUCCAGCACUCGCAUGCUCAAUACUCAGUCUUGAUGCUAUGGAUAUAAGUGGAGAGCAACAUCUUGAUGUUAGACAUGACAUCAUUAAGAAAAGGAUCGAUGCUCAUGGUAAUGUAAUAGAAACAAGGCAGGAUGGUAUUGGUCAUCCCAAGAUCGAAAAGCCUUUACAAAGACAUGGAGGAAGGCUUGAACACAAUGAAACAUAUUGUGGCUCAUGUUAUGGUGCAGAAGCGUCAGAUGAUGAUUGUUGUAACUCCUGUGAAGAAGUUCGCGAAGCAUAUAGAAAGAAAGGCUGGGCAAUCUCCAACCCAGAUCUGAUUGACCAGUGCAAAAGAGAAGGUUUUCUUCAACAGAUCAAAGAGGAGGAAGGUGAAGGUUGUAAUAUAUAUGGAUUCUUGGACGUCAAUAAGGUAGCUGGCAAUUUUCAUUUUGCACCUGGGAAGAGUUUCCAACAGUCGAACGUGCAUGUUCACGAUCUGCUAGCAUUUCAGAUGGACAGUUUUAAUAUAAGUCACAAGAUCAACAGAUUAGCAUUUGGGGACUACUUUCCUGGUGUAAUAAAUCCUUUGGAUGGUGUGCUAUGGUUACAACAAACACCAAAUGCUAUGUAUCAGUAUUUUCUAAAGGUGGUAUCUACUGUAUUCACUGAUGUAAAUGGGAAUACCAUACAAUCGAAUCAGUUCUCUGUAACUGAACAUGUUAGGGGAUCAGAAGUGGGUCACCUUCAAUCUCUUCCAGGAGUUUUCUUCUUUUAUGACCUGUCACCAAUAAAGGUGACUUUCACAGAGACGCACGUUUCAUUCUUGCACUUCCUAACCAAUGUUUGCGCCAUUGUUGGAGGUGUUUUCACUGUUUCGGGGAUAAUAGACUCGUGUGUUUAUCAUGGUCAAAAAGCUGUCAGGAAGAAACUGGAGAUUGGCAAGUUUAGCUAAUUAUUGAUUCUCCUACAAUUUUAUCUCUGUCCCAGUUCUUACCCAUGAGCAACAUCUUUCUGGAAAGGGAACAGAAAAUUUGGAUCGGAAUGUCCUUGUAGGGUAGAGUGGUUUAUGGACAUAUUAAUGAUUUUAUUGCGAUGUGUUUGUUAGUGAAUCAACUAACCUCUAUAGUUCAUUUUUUAGCGAAGUCUUUUUGAGGAUUUACAAAGAUAUCUGUACUUGCAUACUACUAAUGCCAAUCCUAUGAGGUGAUUGUCUCUUUUUUCACAUUUCA